AUGGGGCCGGGGGCUCCGUCUCCCCGGAUGGGGUGGCCGCUGCCGCUUCUGGUGGUGAUGGCGGCAGGGGUGGCUUCAGUGUGGGCCUCCCACUCCCCCCAUCUCCCGCGGCCUCACCCGCGGGUCCCCCCGCACCCCUCCUCAGAACGGCGCGCAGUGUACAUCGGGGCGCUGUUUCCCAUGAGCGGGGGCUGGCCAGGGGGCCAGGCCUGCCAGCCGGCGGUGGAGAUGGCGCUGGAGGACGUGAAUAGCCGCAGGGACAUCCUGCCGGACUAUGAGCUCAAGCUCAUCCACCACGACAGCAAGUGUGACCCAGGCCAAGCUACCAAGUACCUGUAUGAGCUGCUCUACAACGACCCUAUCAAGAUCAUCCUUAUGCCUGGCUGCAGCUCCGUCUCCACGCUUGUGGCUGAAGCUGCGAGGAUGUGGAACCUCAUUGUGCUUUCCUACGGCUCCAGCUCUCCAGCCCUGUCAAACCGGCAGCGUUUCCCAACGUUCUUCCGAACACAUCCAUCGGCCACACUCCACAACCCUACCCGUGUGAAACUCUUUGAAAAGUGGGGCUGGAAGAAGAUUGCCACCAUCCAGCAGACCACUGAAGUCUUCACUUCGACUCUGGACGACCUAGAGGAACGAGUGAAGGAGGCUGGAAUCGAGAUUACUUUCCGCCAGAGUUUCUUCUCAGAUCCAGCUGUACCCGUCAAAAACCUUAAGCGCCAGGAUGCCCGAAUCAUCGUGGGACUUUUCUAUGAGACUGAAGCCCGGAAAGUUUUUUGUGAGGUGUAUAAGGAGCGUCUCUUUGGGAAGAAGUAUGUCUGGUUCCUUAUUGGGUGGUAUGCCGACAACUGGUUCAAAACCUAUGACCCGUCCAUCAACUGCACAGUGGAUGAGAUGACCGAGGCGGUGGAGGGCCACAUCACCACUGAGAUUGUCAUGCUGAAUCCUGCCAACACCCGCAGCAUCUCUAACAUGACAUCCCAGGAAUUUGUGGAGAAACUAACCAAACGACUAAAAAGACACCCCGAGGAGACAGGAGGCUUUCAGGAGGCACCACUGGCCUACGAUGCCAUCUGGGCCUUGGCAUUAGCCCUAAACAAGACAUCUGGAGGGGGUGGCCGUUCCGGUGUGCGCCUGGAGGACUUCAACUACAACAACCAGACCAUCACUGACCAAAUCUACCGGGCAAUGAACUCCUCAUCCUUUGAGGGUGUCUCUGGCCAUGUGGUGUUUGAUGCCAGCGGCUCUCGGAUGGCAUGGACGCUCAUCGAGCAGCUACAGGGUGGCAGCUAUAAGAAGAUUGGCUACUAUGACAGCACCAAGGAUGAUCUUUCCUGGUCCAAAACGGAUAAGUGGAUUGGAGGGUCCCCCCCAGCUGACCAGACCCUGGUCAUCAAGACAUUCCGCUUCCUGUCACAGAAACUCUUUAUCUCCGUCUCAGUUCUCUCCAGCCUGGGCAUUGUCCUAGCUGUUGUCUGUUUGUCCUUUAACAUCUACAACUCCCAUGUCCGUUACAUCCAGAACUCACAGCCCAACCUGAACAAUCUGACUGCUGUGGGCUGCUCGCUGGCAUUAGCUGCCGUCUUCCCUCUUGGGCUGGAUGGUUACCACAUUGGGAGAAACCAGUUUCCCUUCGUCUGCCAGGCCCGCCUCUGGUUCCUGGGCCUGGGCUUUAGUCUGGGCUAUGGCUCCAUGUUCACCAAGAUCUGGUGGGUCCACACAGUCUUCACAAAGAAGGAGGAGAAGAAGGAGUGGAGGAAGACCUUGGAGCCCUGGAAGCUGUAUGCCACAGUGGGCCUGCUGGUAGGCAUGGAUGUCCUCACUCUCGCCAUCUGGCAGAUUGUGGACCCCUUGCACCGGACCAUUGAGACUUUCGCCAAGGAGGAACCAAAGGAAGAUAUUGACGUCUCUAUUCUGCCCCAGCUGGAGCACUGCAGCUCCAAGAAGAUGAACACAUGGCUUGGCAUUUUCUAUGGUUACAAGGGGCUGCUGCUGCUGCUGGGGAUCUUUCUUGCUUAUGAGACCAAGAGUGUGUCCACUGAGAAGAUCAAUGACCACAGGGCUGUGGGCAUGGCCAUCUACAAUGUGGCGGUCCUGUGCCUCAUCACCGCACCAGUCACCAUGAUUCUGUCCAGCCAGCAGGAUGCGGCCUUCGCCUUCGCCUCUCUCGCCAUAGUUUUCUCCUCCUAUAUCACUCUGGUUGUGCUCUUUGUGCCCAAGAUGCGCAGGCUCAUCACCCGAGGGGAGUGGCAGUCUGAGGCACAGGACACCAUGAAGACAGGGUCAUCGACCAACAACAACGAGGAGGAGAAGUCCCGGCUUUUGGAGAAGGAGAACCGCGAGCUGGAAAAGAUCAUCGCUGAGAAAGAGGAGCGUGUCUCUGAACUGCGCCAUCAACUCCAGUCUCGGCAGCAGCUACGCUCCCGGCGCCACCCCCCAACACCCCCAGACCCCUCUGGGGGCCUGCCCAGGGGACCUCCUGAGCCCCCCGACCGACUUAGCUGUGAUGGGAGUCGAGUCCAUUUGCUUUAUAAGUGA